UCCUCCCCCCUCCCUCCGUUAUUCAACAUUCACCUGGUGGAGGUAACAGAGAGAGAUGCAGAGCUUCACUGGAGUGACCUCACAUUCGUAAACUCCUCUCACCCUGCCCCCCAGCUCUAUGUCCAAUACCAAGAAGAGGAGGAAAAGGAAGAAAAACAUGGGGAAGAGAAGGAGAGGAGGACUGCAGGUCGAGUCCCAGUGUCUCUAUUCUCCAGAGGGCUGAAAGUGCCAGGCCUGUACCCAGGCAAGGUCUACUCUCUGUCCCUCAGAGCCUCCCACCUUACUGGGGCCGCAUGGAGCCUGGGGAGCGCUCAGACUUGUCACACACGGCCCCUUCCCCCUCGAAACAUCACCAUUAGCAAUGUGACAGCCAGUCAGAUCACAGUAAGCUGGACAGCCCCAGACUCCCAGCAUGCUGUGCGGUGGAACUUUCUGGUUCGCUGGGAGGGUGUAGCCUCAGGCCAGGAGACGAGAAUGGUUGUGGCUAGCAGCGCCAGGUCCGCUGUGAUUGCAGGACUGGAGGGGUUCAGGAAGUACAAGGUCAGAGUUGACUCCGUCACAGAACACGGUGUGGAGAGCUGUGGAGGGGAGGAACUGACCCUAUACACUGCGGUGAGCCCCCCAGGUGGUGUGGUUGUGUCUAGCAGAGGGGAGAAUCUGACAGCGUGCUGGUCCGCCCCGUCAGGUGAAAGCCCUGAUGGGUACUAUGUUAGGCUACGCCCCGUCAGCCAGGCCCGCCCCAUGGAACUGUGGGUAAAUGAGUCCAGGUGUGUGUUCCUAGCCAUAUUCAGUCCAGGGCAGAACUACGAGGUGGGUGUGGCUUCAGUGAGAGGAGAGAACAUGAGCCAAGAGAUCAACACCACAUACAGAACAGAGCCUGGGCCCGUGCAGGCAGCUGUCCCUCUCUCGGUAGGAAGCAGUUCUGUGGUUCUGUAUGUCCAGAGACCAGUAUUGGGUGUGUGUGAUGGAGUGAGGGUGUGUGUGUGUAAGGGAGUGUGUGAGGGUGUGUGUGUGUGUAAGAGUGUGUGCGAUUGGUGGCCAUUCCCCCCAGGUAAGCACACAGUAACAGUUGGCAGCCUGACUCCAGGGGAGGAGUACCAUCUCAGUGUCUACAGCACCAGCCGACACAGGACCGGACCAGCAUACCAAACACACACACUCAGGACACGCCUGGCCUCUCCCAGUACUGUGAGAGAGGGCUCAGUAACAGAGUCAUCAGUAGAGAUGCUGUGGGAUCCAGCCUCUGGACACGGACACAACUAUGAAGUCAUCUGUCUCAACUGUCACCACACACUCAUGGUCCAGAAGGUGUGUGUUCCGAGGGCAGUGUUCUCUGGGUUGCUACCAGGCAGGCUGUACCACUUCUCUCUGAGGACGGAGAAAGAGUCCUUCACAGACAGCCCCCCUGUCACACUCAGCAUCACUACAGCUCCCAGUCCAGUGAUGGUAUCAGUCCUCAGUAGGACCACAUCGUCUGUGACAGUUGGCUGGACCCAGGCCAGGGAUGUUGUCAAAGGCUUCAUCCUGUCAAUCAUAAACCAAACCUCCAAUCAGCAGCUGAAACUCUCAGCCCAGGAGCCAUGGUCUUACAGGUUUGAGGACCUUUCCCCAGGAAGCUAUUACACAGUAUGUGUUAUCAGCAGCAAUGGAGAGAGGAGGAGUACACCGGCUUCUGUAGACUUCAACACCAUCCCAGGAGCCCCACAGGAAGUGCUGCUGGUCGAAGAGGAUGUGACCUCAUCAGUGUUUGUGAGCUGGGGAGCCCCAGCAGGGGGCGUGGAGGGGUACAAGCUCCUGUUGUGUCUCUCUGGGGAUAAGUCAUCAUGUCGUGAGAUGGGGGUUCAUAGCAACAGUCUCCAGGUAGGAGGUUUGACCCCUGGAUCAGAUUAUGACAUCACCGUCCUGAGCCUGCUGGUAUCAGACUUCAGCCAGCCUGUCACUACACAGUUCUCCACACGUCCGGCCGGUGUGUGUUCCCUCUUUCUGCUCUAUGUUAACUCUUCCUGUGCCGUGGUGAGGUGGGACGCUGCCAUUGGCCAGUUUGACUUCCACAGGGUAACUGUUGGAAAUGGCUCGCAAGCACAUACGAUAGAGGUCUCCAAGGAGAGGCAGGUUGCUACAGUAACUGGGUUGAGGGAUGGCUGUAUGUACAACAUGAGCGUGGAGCGCAUUAGACGAGGAGAGGCAGGGACAGCGGCCUCCCUAACUGUUACCACAGUGCCGGGCCGUGUGCGUGGUGUAAAUGUGGUUAGUGUGUCUGCUCAGAACUUCUCUAUGCGUUGGGAGCAGUCAGAGGGGUGUGUGGACCAGUACCUCGUCAGCCUGCUGCCCAACCAAGGAACUGUCUCUGUCUACCGCACAGUCGACAGACUCGUACAGGCUGAUGUAUCCAGUCUGAGUCCUCGAACAGUGUUUACGGUCAUGGUGACCGCCGCCUCCUCCUCCAACCUCAGCCCACCGGUCAGCCGUAUAAUCAACACCAACAAGACCGCCCCAACAUCCCCUCCCACCAAUCUAGAGGGGGAGAGGGUGGGCUCCAAUGGGAUCCUUCUGUCUUGGACCAUGCCCUCUGACUCCCGCGUCGAUGGUUAUGUCAUCAGGUACAAAGAGGUGUGUCCAUAUCCAGACCCCACCUUCAAAGAGGUGACCAAACACCUGGACAUCCCUGAGACCCUUCUCAACCUCUUCUUACCAGGGUCUACCUAUAACAUCAAGGUUGCAGCAGAAAACUCUGCUGGUAUUGGACCCUAUAGCAAGUCUCUGUACAUCAAAACUGCUGAGGCUCCCCCAGGCCUGGUGACUAACCUGACAGCGUUUGCUGAGAACCACACGUUUGUAGUGGUCACUUGGCUCCUGCCACUCCGCAUCAACGGUCUGAUCACCAAGUUUGCGGUCAAAGCCAAACACGCUCGUACUGGUCAGACCGUCCGCAUACUGGAGCUGGAUGCUGAGGACAUCAUGACCGGAGCGCUACCACACUGCAACGAUGCAGCAGACAUUCUGUCUCGUGGGACCCCCAGUCCAUCAGAGGUGACAGCUCUGACAGCGUCCUCUCCUCCCGUCACCCUGUCAGCCGUCCCGCCCGCCGCCACCUGGGCCGUACCAAUAUCCGUAGGGGUGGACCAGCUGCGACCUUACACAGCAUACGUCUUCGAAGUGUCCGCUUUCACCUCCGACGGAGAGGGACAGGUCGCCUCCACCAUGGUCCGCAUGCCUGAGUCAGCCCCAGAGGACCCCCCCCACAACCUGUUGGUAUGGAACGUGACGUCUAAGUCGGUCUCUGUCUCCUGGGAUCCCCCAACCAUCGUUACCGGACGUUUCAGCUACGUUAUCUAUCUCUACGGCCCCACAGGGUUUAUCUAUGAGAACAGCACAUGGGACCUGAGGUUUGUGUACUCUGGUCUGACACCCUACACACGCUACAGAGUGGCGGUGCGGGCCAAGUCUGCUGGCCAGCUGGGGCCUGAGGCCUUUACUGCUGUACUGACACCUGCUGAGGCUCCCAGUGCAGUGCAGGCUCUGCAGGCAGUAGCAGUAGACUCUGUGUCGGUGCGUGUGAGUUGGAGAAGUCCUGCCCAGCCCAACGGUCUGAUCACACAGUACAGACUCCUGGUUCUUUCUGACAACACACUGCUGCAGGAUAUCACCCUCACUGGAACACAGGAUCUAAAUUACACUGAUCUCCUUGGUGAUGGAACGUUUGCUGCUGUUAUCCCUGACCACUCUCUCCGGCGUAAGAGAUCAGCUGACAGCCUGACCACCUCCCCACCUGCGUUCACGGUCACCCUCCCCGACCACACGCUCAUCACCGGCAUGACCAGGACUGCAAUCAGCCGCACACACAGCGCUCCAACCAGCCCUAACACUAACUUUGAGCACAACAGCAACACUGACCCGACAGUCACUGAGGGCUCCAGUCUGGCCAGUAUGGCCCCUGGGGCUGGCCAGACCUCUGACUUUCCAGACUCCACCCCUCUGACCUUUGACCAUGUGACUUCAGGGACCUCUUCCCUCUCCCUAACCACCUCAACCCCGGCCACACCCCUCCCUUGGCUCACUGCCCACCCACAGCCCGGCCAGCUCACCUCUGGCAAGCCACACCUCUCUACCCGCUCUGCACCUGCAGCCACUGGACACCUCCAGACACUGCUGACAUACCUCUUCACCAGGGCUGCUGCAUCCAGCACCCCAGGAAGAGUGUAUGUGAGGGACAAGGUCAUAGACAUACAGGCUAAGGAGCUGUCUUACCUAGUCUCUGGUCUCAGUCCCUUCACUGACUACACCUUCACUGUUACCGCGGCUACUACUAUUGGAGAGGGACCUGCAACACACGUCACUGAGAAGACUCGUGAACAGGUUCCUAGCUCAGUGGUAGGAGUGUCCUAUCAGAAUGUUAGCUCCACCUCUAUCCUGGUCAGCUGGACUCUGCCCCUCAACCCAAAUGGACGAAUCACACACUACACUCUCUACGGACUCAACCUACACAGCAACCGGGCCCUGCAGAGAAUUACACACAACACCAGCAUACUGCUCACAGGGCUGGAGAAGUAUACAGGUUAUAAAUUGAGAGUGGCUGCAUCUACUGCUGUAGGAGAGAGCUCUCUGUCUGACCUAGACGAUAUUUUCGCUGUCACACCCGAGGAUGAACCUGACACCCCGCCUGUAGGGUUAACAGUGGUAGACACUUCUCCCUCCACCACCACCCUCUCUUGGUUGCCCCCGGAGAGAGCCAAUGGGGUGAUCCAACAGUAUGAGGUUCUGUACGAGAACCAAUCAUAUGUGGCAGUGUUGAACAGCUCUGUCCCCAGAGUGACUCUGACAGGGCUAAGGCCGUUUUCAUACUAUAAUGUCUCUGUCAGAGCAUACACACGCAUCGGACACGGGAACCACACCUCAGACACACUCACUAUGCUGUCUGGGGAGGACGUUCCGGGUAGUCCUUCCUACGGCCUGUCCUACGUGUCUGUCAGUUCCAAUGAGGUGAACGUGACAUGGGAGCACCCCCUGGUGCCCAACGGAGUUAUCACACACUACAGCCUUGAGCUGCGAAACUCCUCCCACUUCCUCAACCUGACCACACCCAUCAACCACGCCCAGAUCACACACCUGAGGAAGUUUGCGCAAUACACUCUGGUGGUGAAGGCACACACACGUAUUGGCUCCGGAAACCACAGCAGUGACCCUCUCAACAUUACCACUCUGGAGGACGUGCCCAGUGAUCCGGUCCACAACCUCAGUGCUCAGAUCUUCAGUUCUACGGCCAUCAUUGUAAGCUGGGACCCCCCUAUGGAACCCAACGGACGCCCCUUCUACCUGCUCACCCUGCAGGAGGCUGGACUCCCCCUUACCACUGAACCCCUGAACCCCCCUAAACCUAACAGCAACCCCCCCGGACCCCCCGCUGUCAACAAUACCAUCACCAAGAUAACCAAUGACAACGUCUUCCUGUUUACCAAACUCAGGAAGUACUAUCCCUACGUCUUUACUGUUACCCCGGCAACCAGUGCCGGCCCCGCCCACAACCACACCAGCCUGCUGCACGUAAGGACCGAUGAUGAUAUCCCCAGUUCAGCUCCAGUGCUGGUGUCCAGUAGGAACCUGUCGUCCUCCUCAGUGUCUGUGGUGUGGCAGCGCCCCCUGGAGACCAACGGAGAGAUAACUGACUAUUCCCUCACCCUGUUCGGCCCUGGAGGCUCCAACACCACACACACCCCCAACACCACCCUCACACUUACACUGCUGCUGCCCUACACAGCCUACAACCUCUCUAUCACCGCAGCCACCCGCAAGGGCUCCGGACCCCCGCUACUACUGAUGCUGCACACAGACGAAGCAGGUCCGAUGUCUCCUCCCCGGAACCUGUCUCUGUAUAACCACACAGCCUUCUCUGUGUGGCUGACCUGGGAACCCUCUCUGGAACCCAACGGUGUGGUCACACACUACGGCUUCAGGAUCCUGGAGAACAACACAAACACACUCACUUACCAAAACUCUACAGGUCCGUGGACAGAAGGACAGCUGAGUGGGAUCCGGCCUCACAGCUCCUAUGAGAUCAGUGUGUUUAGCUACACCAGAGUGGGUCAUGGAGACCAGUACAGCACUCCUGUGUCCUUCACAACCAAUGAAUCAGUGUCAGAGGUGGUGGGUAACCUGUCCUGCUCUGGUCUGGGCUGGGACUCUGUGUUUCUACACUGGGAGCCUCCAGCCAACCCUAAUGGACUCAUCCUGUACUACCAGGUGGACACACGCUCACAGGCAUACAUACACCAGGCUUACACAAACCAGUAUACGGUCAGCGGGCUGGCGCCGGACGCAGAAUUCACACUCACCGUGACGGCUGUCAACUCUGCCGGCCCAGGAGACCAGAUCAACUGUACUGCCUACACACACCCCGAGUCAGUUCCUGGUGUCCCUCGCUUCCUGAGUGUGUCAGAGGCCACAGCCACCAGUGUAACGCUCCAAUGGGCUCCUCCCCUCUCUGCUCCGGGCAUGCUCACUGAGUACCGCAUCACCGUGCAGCUGCUGUCACCCGACUGCCAGUCUGACACACCCCUAGCUGGGGCCACACCCCUUCCAGAGCCGACCGUUGCCCUGGCUCCAGGCUGCGUCCAUCAGGAUGUGUUGGUGUCAGUGAAUGGUUCUGAUGGUGGUGAGGGCAACAGGAGCAUCACUCUACAGUCUCUGGCCAAGUACCGCCUCUACCGCUUCAGAAUCACAGCCCUUACGAAUGCUGGGCCAGGAGAACACACACCCUGGAAAUACACACACACACUGGCUGGGAACCCUGAUGCCCCUCCCAGUGACCUGUCAGUGACCAUGUCCUCCAACAGCCUCCGUAUCCAAUGGCAACUCCCAGAUGUGAUCACCGGCCCCACCUCCUACCUCAUAGACGUCCUCUCUCUGGAUAGCGAGGGGUUAAACCAGUCUGUGGUACGCAGUCCAGAGGAGCUGAGGAUUGUAGUUGUGUCAAACCUGACUGCGUUCACUCGCUACUCUGUGACCGUGACCGCCUUCACUGGAUCACUGGAGAACGCACGGCGGGAUGGACAGGCCACUGAGCCCACUGUCAUCAGAACAAUGGAGGAAGAGCCCAGGGAUCCUCCUAAGAACGUGACCCUGCAGGUGAUUCCGGAGGAAGUGACCCGUGUGUUUGUGACCUUUGCCCCCCCUGAGGAACCCAAUGGGAACAUAAGUUCCUACACAGUGCUUGUCUACCGCCAGGGCCAGCUAGAGAUGACCAUUAACCACCUCAAUGUGGUCAAAAAUAAGAACCGCACUCUGACCGCAGUCAUCGACGGGCUGAAGGGAGGCUUCAACUAUAGUAUACGGAUUGCAGCAGUAAACGGAGCAGGUUUAAGCCCCCCCAGCUCAGAGGUUCGGAUCACUACUGGAAUCAUAGCUCCUGCCAAGCCCACCCAGAGACCCCAGGCUGUGCUGGACCGAGGAGGAGUUGCCAUGGUAACCUCCAGGAGCAUCAUUGUUCGCAUGCCAGCCUGUUUCUACAGUGAUGACAACGGACCAAUCAGGAGCAUCCAGAUCAUCGUGGCAGAAUCUGGGGUGAUGGACAGCAGGAACCUAACCAACUGGAAGAUCGCAUUCCUCUCUCGUCCCGCCCCCUACCUGACUGACAAUGGCUUCCCCAACCCACUCUGUGUGAGGGACGGCGAAAGCAGGGACACACACACACAAACCAGCAGACACAACAACUCACAGAUUAGACACAGAAUUGUGAGGGACAGGGUGCUGGACCGUAGAGACCACCAGGAAGACCACUAUGUUAUCGGAGAGGAGGGCAACUGUCUGACGGAGGAGUACAGUAACACACUCUGUAACGGACCCCUCAAACCAAACACUGUCUACGUGUUUAAGUUCCGAGCCACCAACAUCCGAGGCCAGUACACAGACUCUGACUACUCUGAGCAUAUCAGAACCACAGUGGAUGGGUUGUUGACCAGAGAUGAACAGAUCAUUCUGGGAGUUCUCCUCUCCUUCUUCCUGGCCGUGCUACUCAUCAUCAUCAUCUAUGCCUCUGUCAGGAUCCGUCAGCGUCAGAAGGAGGGAGGGACCUAUUCUCCCCGGGAGGCGGAGAUUAUAGAGACCAAGUUUAAACUGGAUCAGAUGAUCGCUGUGGCCGACCUGGAGCUGAAGGAAGAGAAGCUACACCGGUAUUCCUCCUUCUUCUUUAGACGGAAGGAGAUAUUUGUCAUCCAACUUCUCAGCUACAGAAAGUCUCUCAAGCCCGUCAAUAAGAAGUCUUUUCUGCAGCAUGUAGAGGAUCUGUGUGCCAACGAGAACGCCAAGUUCCAGGAAGAGUUCGCAGAGCUACCCAAACUGCUGCACGACCUGGCUACAUCAGAUGCUGACCUUCCCUGGAACAGAUCCACGAACCGCUUCACUAACAUCAAACCCUACAACAACAACCGUGUUAAGCUGCUGUCUGAACCUGGCUUGCCUGGAUCUGACUACAUCAACGCUAGCUUCAUCUCAGGCUAUCUGUGUCCCAGUGAGUUCAUAGCGACUCAGGGUCCUCUCCCCGGUACUGUGGCUGACUUCUGGAGGAUGAUCUGGGAGACUCGCACACAAACCAUUGCUAUGCUCACACAGUGCUAUGAGAAAGGAAGGAUCCGGUGUCACCAGUACUGGCCAGAAGAUAAUAAGCCGGUGACAGUAUUUGGGGACAUCAUCAUCACCAAGUUGACAGAGGACGUCUAUCCUGACUGGACCGUCCGAGCUCUCAAAGUGGAGAGGCAUGGGGACUACAUGGUGGUUCACCACUUCAACUACACCUCCUGGCCAGAGCAUGGUGUACCCGAGUCCAGCACCACACUCAUACAGUUUGUUCGAGCCAUCAGAGCCAACAGGCAUGAGAACACCACUAUAGUGGUGCACUGCAGUGCUGGUGUGGGCAGGACAGGAGUGUUUAUAGCGCUGGAUCACCUGAUCCAACACGUCAGUGAUCACGACUUUGUGGACAUCUACGGUCUGGUGGCUGAACUCCGCAGUGAGAGGAUGUGUAUGGUGCAGAACCUAGCCCAGUAUAUGUUCCUACACCAGAGUACUCUGGACCUGCUGAACAGUAAAGGAAACAGCCAGUCCAUCUGGUUUGUUAACUACUCUGCUCUGGAGAAGAUGGACUCACUGGACGCAAUGGAGGGUGAUGUUGAACUGGAAUGGGAGGAGACUACGAUGUAAAGGCUGAGAACUUCUCAGUCAACUUCACACCUGAUAAACACACCUAUUCCUGAGUCAUGGGGCCAAAUCCUGGACAUACUGACUGUUUGUCAGAUGGAUUGGUCAACCAGAGAUAG